AUGGCUGCUGUUUUCCGAUCCAGCCUGAGGCUGCGCGCUUCGGCACGUCUCCCUGCUAUCCGCACCCUCACCACCACACCCCACCUUCGCGCUGCGGAGAAGCCUUACUUCUCCAACGAGCCUGCUGCUCCCAAGCUAGCCACCGCUAUUCCUGGCCCCAAGAACAAGGCGGCUGCUGAAGAGCUCAAUGAGGUCUUUGACGUCCGCAGCUUGAACAUGCUUGCCGAUUAUUCCAAGUCUACUGGAAACUACAUUGCUGAUCUCGAUGGAAACCUGCUUCUCGAUGUCUACGCUCAGAUUGCCUCUAUCCCUGUCGGAUACAACAACCCCCAUCUCCUCGAGGUGGCCAGAUCCUCAGAGAUGGCCACCUCUCUGAUCAACAGACCAGCUCUCGGAAACUUCCCGUCCGCCGAUUGGUCUCACAUCCUCAAGACUGGUAUCCUCAAGGUCGCCCCCAAGGGCCUGAACCAGGUGUUCACUGCCAUGGCCGGUUCCGAUGCCAACGAGACUGCUUACAAGGCCGCUUUCAUGUACUACCGUCAACAACAGCGUGGUGGCCCUGAGAAGGAAUUCACCGAGGAGGAAAUCCAGUCCAGCAUGGUCAACCAGUCCCCCGGUUCUCCUCAGCUGUCUAUCAUGUCUUUCAAGGCCGGUUUCCACGGCCGUCUUUUCGGCAGUCUGUCUACCACUCGCAGCAAGCCCAUCCACAAGCUUGAUAUCCCUGCCUUUGACUGGCCUCAGGCUCCCUUCCCCUCUCUGAAGUAUCCUCUUGAGGAAUUCGCCAAGGAGAACGCCGAGGAGGAGCAGCGUUGCCUGCAGGAGACUGAGCGUCUCAUCAAGGAAUGGCACAACCCCGUUGCCGCUGUUGUCGUCGAGCCCAUCCAGUCCGAGGGUGGCGACAACCACGCUUCCCCCGCGUUCUUCCAAGGUCUCCGUGAGAUCACUAAGCGCAACAACGUCCUCUUCAUUGUCGACGAGGUCCAAACUGGUGUCGGUGCCACCGGAAAGUUCUGGGCCCACGACCACUGGAACCUCCAGACCCCUCCUGACAUGGUCACCUUCUCCAAGAAGGCCCAGACUGCCGGUUACUACUACGGCAACCCCGCCCUGCGUCCCAACAAGCCCUACCGCCAGUUCAACACCUGGAUGGGUGACCCAUCCCGCGCCCUCAUCUUCCGCGGCAUCAUUGAGGAAAUCGAGCGCCUGUCGCUCGUUGAGAACACAGCUGCCACUGGCGCCUACCUCUACGCUGGCCUUGAGCGCCUUGCUAAGCAGUACCCUGAGCACCUGCAGAACCUGCGUGGCAAGGGCCAGGGUACAUUCAUCGCCUGGGAUACUCCCAAGCGCGACGAGUUCCUUGUCAAGGGCAAGGGCGUUGGUAUCAACAUUGGUGGAAGCGGCCAGAGCGCUGUGCGUCUGCGGCCCAUGCUGAUCUUCCAGAAGCAUCACGCCGAUAUCCUUCUUGAGAGCAUUGAGAAGAUCAUCAAGCAGCUGUAA